GCGGCCGCCGCCGCCUCCCCGCAGCCGCUGCCGUUCUCGCUGCCGAAGCCGCCGCCCCUCAUGCAGCUGACGCCGGGCGACGCCGUGCGGCCGGUGGGCUCGGGCGCCGACCAAUCGCCGAAGAGCGCGCGGCUGGCGGCGCGCCCCGAUUGGCCGGCGGGGAAGCCCGUCAGCCUGCUGGCGCCGCUGCUCCCGCCCCGCGGGGAGCCCGAGCCGCUGCUGCCCUUCGGGCCCG